CUUGUUACAGCCCGCCUUUUUUCCACAGAGACAUGGCGGAGCGUAACAUUCCUGCGAAGAUGAACCACCUCUGCUGUCAAAUAUGCAGAAACCUUCUCAGGAAUCCUGUGAUGAUUCCUUGCGGACACAACUUUUGCAUGCGCUGCAUCCAGGACCAAUGGGAUUGUGACCAGCUGAGGAGCAGUCUCUACAGGUGCCCCGAAUGUGAAUAUGAGUUUCCAUCCAGACCUCAGCUGAUCAAGAACACAACUCUAGCUGAGGUGGUGAGAGAGACAGAAAUGAGUUGUAAUAAGGAGCAGCAGUCCUCAGAAGGGCACCAGAGAGUCCUGAAGAGACCCCGGAGCUGUGCAGAAACAUCGGAGAGCACUUUGUGUGGGAAACACGACAAGCCCCUGGAUGUUUACUGCUGCACAGAUGAGCAGAUCAUAUGUGCACAGUGUGCUUCAGCUGAGCAUGGAGGACACAGGAUCGGGUGGGUGAAGGAGGAACGGAGGCGGAAGGAGAAGGAACUUAGGGACAUGCAGACAAAGUUCAAGCAGACUCUUCAGAAGCAAGAAAGGAAAAGGGAGAUGAUGGGGGAGAUGAUCGGACAGAUUCAGGACGAGGCGAGAAAAACAGAAGCCUUCUGUGAAAGCGUCAUAGUGGGCGCCAUCGACUCCCUUCAGAAACAUUACCUAUCAGUGAAGGAAGCGAUUGCAGCUCAGGAGGAGGCGGCUGCAGCUCAGGUUCGCCUCUCGCUAAAGAGCCUGGAGGAGGAGAUGAAGCAGAUGAAGAAGAGGGAUGCUAAGCUGGACCACCUGGCACAUACUGAGAGCAACAUCCGUUUCCUGCAGAAAUGGCCCUCUCUGAAGCUCCUCUGUGACCACUCUUUCCAGGAGCUUUCAGAGGAUCCACUCCUCCACUUUGAGCUCACAAAGAGAGCCGUUGAACAGCUUGGGAAGCAACUGGAGGAAUUCUGUGACAAAGAAUUUGCUUCAAUCUGUAACACUGCUGAUGGUGAGGAGCAGCAGGAAUCAGCAUCAGAGACAGAGGAAGAUGAUGUCCAGCGAAGAAGUGAAGCCAGUGUCUCACAGCCCCGUGUUAGCAGGACUCUGGCUAAACAGAAAGUGGAGCCUAAAACCAGAGAAGAGUUCCUGCAGUAUGCGUGUGAGCUCUCUCUGGACCCCACGACAGCUCAUGAGGACCUGGUUAUUUUGGAAGGAGAGAAGACGGUUAAGCUGCGCAGCGAGAGGUCCAAGAAUCCUAGUGUUCGUUACCCAGAGAGGUUUAUACAUCGGCGGCAGGUGCUGUGCAGGGAGGGACUGCAAGCUGACUGCUACUAUGAGGUAGAGGUGAAAGGAGACAAGGCAGAGAUCGCUCUCACCUACAAAGGAAUAGACAGAAAAUCCCGCACUACACUGUCAGCCUUUGGGGCCAAAGCAAAUUCCUGGAGUCUGGAUCUAUCUAAACAUUACUCUGUGAGCCACAAUUCUGAAAGCAUCCAGCUCACUACACCACCCCGUCAUCACAGGGUUGGAAUUUAUCUUAAAUUUCAAACUGGAACUUUGUCUUUCUAUGAGGUGUCGGACAGUAUGAACUUCCUGUACAAGGUUGAAGCCAAGUUCAGAGAGCCGCUGUAUCCCGGAUUCUGGCUCGGAGAGAAAUGUUGCAUCAGGAUCUGUGAUCUGAGACAGAGCCGACUGUAAAAGUACCGAAGACAACCGCAAACAGCUUCUUUCUACUUGAAGGGAAAUUAAAAAUAAUAUGUUUUGAUUGCUGUAUAGAUUGCACAGUGCAUGUCUGUUUCCUACGACGUGUGGGGUGGUUGAUAACUCUGCAGUAUCUGAAGCCCAAAUUGCCUAUAUUUUUAUGUUUGUAUAAAUUCAAUCAUAUAAAAUUGCAUUUUUAUUCAUGCUGGACAUGUUUUAGAUAAAGAGAUGAACUAUACUGGUCUGUGGACAGAGUGCCGAAUGUAGAAGAAUGUCUUGUUUCUACAUAGCCUCCAAAGGCAAGAUUUACUUCAGCAGCAGACCCUCAAGUACUCACAGAUGGAGAAACUAUAUAGCUUUUGCAGAAGCAUGAAGAGACAAAAGACAGCAGGUGAUGCCUGUAGAGGAGAGCAGAUGUGGUGCUCUUUGGCUGUUUUCUUUAGUGUGCACUGCAGAAAAGUUCCUGGGACUGUUCAGUGAAGGAGUUGAACUUCUUCGAGGAGUUAAAUACUGCCACAAACCUCGACUCAGGUGAAUCUAAGCUAACUUUGAAAACUAUUUUGUACAUAUAUAUAUAUAUAUAUAUAUUUGUGUUUCUAUUAAACAUUGCUUUGUGAGAUUACUGUGUCCAGAAGAGGGCGCCAUGUGUCUGCGGUUUGCCUAAUACUCUAGCCUUGUAUGGAAUGUCAGUUAGGUCAAUAUUAAAGAACUAAAUAAACAAGUGGACAAAAACAAAUGUAAUUAAUUAAUCCUGAAAUAUUUUUUAAUAAAAAAAAUAAAGACGC